AAGGUUUAAUAGAGUCCAGUAGCGUGUAACUCUCUGAGACCAUGCUGGUUUCCAUUAUUAGAAACAUCAUUCUUCUUUCAAAGGCCUUUCUCUGACUAGCCCCGCCCACUCAGUGAUCGUGGAGGGCGGAGCUUUAAGCUGUCUCCUGAUUGGUCCAUUUCCAAGAAUCCGCCAUAUUCAAACUUCCGCCGUGGUGUGUGUUCUGUUGUCAUCGGCCUCCUGUUUUCUUUGUACACAUCGAGACAAUUUUAAUACCCCUAGCUUAUUUUUUUUUCCUAAGUUACUACUGCAUAUCGGUUUAACAAUUUUUCGACACAAAGCCCGUCUCAAAAUGGAGGAAAGCGAAGAAGUUGGCGGAAUGGCGGUGGUAAACAAGAAGAAGAAGCUUCGCAGGAUCCCAUCGCGGACAUCUACUACCAGUAUUAUCAGCGCAGCGGAGCCUUCUCCACGAACACUGAGGAGAAACAACUCCAAAAAACCUCCACUACAGAGAGGCAGCUCCUUCACCUUCCUCACUCCAGGGACUCCGUGGGACUUCAGUCUAAAGAGAAAGCGCAAAGAGAAGGACGAUGACACCGUCAGUCUGGCCAGCUUCGACCUCAAGGAACCCAGUAACAAACGUGUCCGACCACUGGCCAAAGUCUCAUCCCUCGUCAAUCUGAUGUCUCCUUCAAAGAACGGAGCUGUGCGGCGCUUCGGCCAGACCAUCCAGUCGAUGUCAUCGCGUAGCGAUUCCAAGUCACCGGGGAUGUCCCUGAAAUCCAGCAGGCCGACUCCCACUAAACGCAGGAACAGCACGCUGUGGUCGGAGACGCUGGACGUCCAUCAGAAGAGCACGUUCUCCACCAAAGAGAUCAAGAGACAAGAGGCAAUCCAUGAACUUUACAGAGGAGAGCAGGAUCUAAUCGAAGAUCUUCAACUCGCACGAAAGGCGUACCAUGACCCGAUGCUCAAGCUCUCCAUCAUGACGGAGGAGGAACUGGCUCACAUUUUCGGCGACCUGGAUGCCUACAUCCCCUUACACGAGGAUUUACUGAUGAAGCUGAUGGAGGGAACUGGCUCCGACGGAACAAUCAGUCAGAUCGGACAGAUAGUAAUAGACUGGCUGCCCGGCCUGAACGCUUACAGAAACUACUGCAGCAACCAGCUUGCAGCCAAAGCCCUGCUGGACCAGAAGAAGCAGGACAGGCGGGUGCAGGACUUCCUGCAGCGCUGUCUGGAGUCGCCCUUCAGCAGGAAGCUGGACCUGUGGAGCUUCCUCGACAUCCCGCGCUCGCGCCUGGUGAAAUACCCGCUGCUGCUGCGAGAGAUUCUCAAACACACUCCUCCCGAUCACCCAGAUGUCACCAGUCUGGAGAGGGCUGUCGUUAUAAUCCAGGAGGUCCUGGCUGAUAUUGAUGUGAGGAAAGGGGAGUCUGAGUGCCAGUAUUACAUCGACAAACUGGAGUUUCUGGAUGACAAGCAGCGUGACCCCCUCAUUGAUAACUGUAAGAUCCUACUAUGUCACGGCGAGCUGAGGCACAAGAGUGGCUCGAGGCUGCACGUGUUCCUGUUCUCUGAGCUGCUGGUUCUGACCCGACCGGUGACGCGUAACGACAGGAGCUGCUUCCAGGUGUAUCGACAGCCAAUCCCGGUCCGGGACCUGGCUCUGGAGGACCUGCAAGACGGAGAGAUCCGCAUGGGGGGGUCCUUCAGAGGGGCUUUCACCAGCGGAGAGAAAGCUAAGAAUGUUUUCCGUGUGCGUUCGCUGGACCCCUCCCACGGCCAGUCCCACACCCUGCACGUCAGCGACGUCUACCACAAGCAGCAGUGGCUCAACUGCCUCCGCACCGCCAUCACUCAACAGCAGGGGGCUCCAGCUAGAGUUCAACAGGUGGACUCCAUCCCAGCGAAGCGUCGCUCCUCCGUCUGUGAUGAAGAGCCAGAUGAGAACUGUCCCCCUGUCUCUGGCCCUAAACUCAGGCCUCAGACACUGUCCAAAACCAGACUGGACCAGAGGUUACAAGAAUCAGUAAAGAGGAAGGAAACUGGAGUGUAGAUCUUGAGUCAUGUUUCCUCUCGGACAGACAUGAGUGCUCAACAUGUAUCCUGUUUGAUCAUGUGUGUCUUUGAACACGUUCUCCUCUGCUGUUCUAGCUCUGUCGCUUUUUGUUUCUGCGGCUGCACUGAAAACCCAUUCCAUUUCCGUCCAAAUGUCUGUCAAGUCUUUAAAUCAUGUAAUUAGUUUACGAUGAAAGUGAUGUGUGCCAUUAUGACUGAUAUAAGUGUUUACAUCUGCUAAAUGUGUGUGGAACUAGAUUUUUCUUUGGUAUGAAGCAAGUUAAAACAGCUUUAUAGCUCUUUAGCUUUUUGUAUCACUCUCUGGUUUAUGUGUUAAAACAUUCAGUGUUGAGCUGUAAUCUGUACAUCGACAGCUAUAUCAUAGACGUCAUGUGUGAAGCUGUCCGUUGUGCUAUCUCGUGAAGAUAAGGGAUCAAGAAACACGUAGUGUAGUGUCUCUGCUGUCUACAGAAAGAUGGUGGGUGACACACACUAAAGAUGUUUUGAGCUUAGAUAAAGGAUAAUGAGAAGAUGGUAAUCUUCAACUUGAACAUUGACCGCAGAUAAAAUGAGAACAUUUCCUAGGAAAAAAAAAAAAGUGAAUAUAAAUGUAUUCAGUAGAAAUGCGUUAAUUGCAAAAAAAAAUAAAACUUUUAGCUUUGUACUUGAA